CAAAUUGAUUAUAUAUAUAUACAUACAUAUAUAUAUAUAUAAAUAUAUAUAUAUAUAUAUGUAUAUAUAAAUAUAUAUGUAUAUAUAUUUUUAAUGAAUUUGUCAGUUAUUCCUUUUAUAAGAAUGCAUAGUAGUAUCUUCAUCGAAUUACUUGUAUAUGAAUGUGUGGAGAAUUACGUAAAUGGUACAUGGAACUUUGGGCAACAAAAGCAACAGCAGUGUAGAAUUUGUGCAACUGUGUAUACUAAUUGGACAUCUUGGGUCCCAAAGACCAGCGCAAUCUUUUAUGAAUUUCCGGAACAGUACUCAAAGCAGGAUUCAAUAUAUAUAUAGCACAUAAUUCUUGGUAUAAAUGGCCGUUAUAUAGAUAUUAACGAGCCAAUCUUAAUCGGUCACAUUGACUUCCAACAUAUUUUCUUUCUUUUCUUUCUCUCUCCUCUCAACUUUUAUAUAAACAUGGAAUCUAGUGUUGACCAAGAAACUGAUGAACAGACAAAACUAAAGUCCAGUUCAUUGUCCCCUAAAGUUGUGAGACCAAAACUGCCUGCUUUUUCCUCAAGCUUUAGACCAUCCAAAAAUCGCUCUAAAACAGAUCCCGGCAAUGCAGGUGAAAUUAGCCGGGCUGUUCUGGAGGACAUGAAACAAAGAAAACAUAGUCGUCAGCGACUAUCUCGAUCUCAACCGUCGAAAAGUUCCCAAGCACCAACGUCAACUCCCACAUCUCCUGUGACUGAUUCACAGAGAUCAGGAUUUUCUCGAAGACAAAACCGGAGUCUAAAGCUUACAGAGUUAACGGAUAAAUUAAAAUCUGGUCCUAGUUCAAACGAUAUUUCAUGCAACAUUCCAUCAUCCAGCGAUUUGUCGACAGUCGCACCCUACGGUACUUUAAGGAAAAUUCCUAAUGUUGAAGACUUUAGUCAGUGUGAGCAAAUUUUAGACUCACCAGACGAUAGUCUAUAUGAAAGCGGCAGUCCAAAGAUGCCUGAAGAUUUAUCAAAGAUGGAAUCAGGAGAGGCUCUACCAUAUUAUUCUCAUAAAGACACAAAGGAUUCGAUGUCAGAACAAUGUCUAAGUAAACUGGAAAGUUCUUCUGUUUCUUCAGAUUGUUUGCCUUCUCCGGAUGAUAAAUCUUUGGAUGAUGAUGGGACUGGCACCAGUGAAUCAGACACCAGUUCAACAACGAGUGGCCCUUAUAUCUACCAACCUCUGAAUCGUGACUCUGAAUUCUUCAAGCUUGCCAAAACUGCUCCACAACGAAGAACUGGUAUAACUACUUUAGCAACACGUAAUAAAGUGCAAGCCAUUUUUGGUACUAGCCACCCAAUGCAAUUGGCUAGUUUCCAGCAGUCUGAUGAAGACAAACGUUCCGAAGAACAUUCAGGGGGCCACCCACCUCAACGAUCUGAGUCUGUCCAUGUUCCAGGCUCACAACGAAAAGCUGACCGGUACAUUAAACGUUCUUCAAAGCAUAAAGCAUCACCAAAAGAGGAAGGCUCAAUUGAUAGUAAUGGAUUUGGUACUUUAAAAUCUGAAGAAACUUCAGAAAGUGCACCAUCAGACCAAUCUCGAGAUAAUCUCUCACUGUUAGCUGCAGGCAGCUGCCAAUCCACGGAUGGUCAAAUAAACACUGAUGAUGUAGUGCACUUUUCUGAAUAUACAGAUGAAAAUAUUGUUGUGGAAGUCUCAGACAAUGAAAGAUUUGAAAAGAAAAAUGGAAAACUAACGAAACCAAAGUCAAUAAGUGACCCAAGUGCUGACAAGACCAAAGUUUUGUCCGAAAUUAGCAAAGAAAUAAACUCAUCACAUGCACACAGUUCACCUGUCUUAUCACGUGACAUAACAGAAGAUGGGGGGCCUUUACAGCAAUUCCAAGAAACCAAUAACCCUCAACUUGAACUAAGCCCAUAUUCAGAAAUAGUUCUUCCUCAUGCAAGCCCUAAAUCCUCAAACCCAGAGCGCCGUAUAUCUCAAGAAAGCCAAAGAUGUCAAAGCCCAGGCUUGGAAUCGACAAUAGAAGAAGGGGAUGAAAGUGAACAGUACCCCGACGAUUCCUUGUUAAAACCUGACAAGUUGAUCUAUAUAGGAUCAUCUGCCCCCACAACGCCUCACAAUCAGUCUCCAACAAGUACCCUUGAACGUCCUCCACACAACCUCCUCAGUGUACCUAUAACACGAAAGCCCAUUUUAAGAAGUAUGAGUUCAGCCAGUGUUCUUCAACAUGACCGGCGCAUGUUCAACACGGCGAACAAAGACAAGGAUGUCGUUCGUAAAUUCAGUAUAAAUUCUGAUGACUCAAUUCCGGGAAAUAUGAAACCUGGUACAUCGGUGCCAGAGUUUGCUUCACCUCUCAGCGACAAUGGCUCUUAUAUCACUAUAAGCAUGCCAGAUGUCUGGAAACAAAAUGCUAAUGUAUUUGACUCUUCAGAAAAGGUCCAAGCCUACGUUAAGGACAAACGCUACCAUGUUGCCCAAGAACUCUACAGAAACGAACAGGAAUACGUGGAAGCUCUCAGAACUUUAAAAGAGAAAUACAUGAUUCCACUGAAAACCCAGAAGAACUUGGACGAGAAUACAGUUGCCACUAUAUUUCACAUGGUUCCAGAGAUUCUGACACACCACUCCAUCUAUUUAGACUUUCUCAACAAUGUUUGGGAGAACUGGGACUCCAAGUCAAGUACACUCGGUGAUAUAAUCAUCUACUUUUUUUCCAAACAGACAGUAUUAGACAGCUAUCUCUCAUUUGUUGAUAAUUACAAGAAAUCUGGCAAUGCUCUUGAAAAUGACUUGCUGACAAAAUCUUCUGUGUCAAAAUUUAUUGAGCAAUGUCAAAGAGAAAGUGGCAGUAAACUUUCUCUGAAAGAUUUGAUUGCAAGACCUAUCCAGCGGAUACCCAGAUAUGAACUGCUAAUACAGCGGCUCCUUGAGAACACACCUAAAGACCAUCCUGACUCACCGUUACUCAUGCAAGCGGAGAAAGUGAUGCAUGAAAUAGCUUUGAAGAUUGGUUCCAUCAACGACAGCCAACAGGAAGAAGGCCAGCAUGAAACCCUUCGAAAAUUAGAGAUGCUGCUUAUCACAGAUUUAGCGGCACCUGACCGAACUUACCUGCGCCACGAUAUGGUACAGAUAAUGAGCAAGAAAGACCAGUGCUGUAUAUGGAUGUUUAGUGAUCUGAUCAUAAUCAGCAGCACCAAGAGGAAGAACGGACCUGUGACCAAGAAAGUCUCCAUCAUUCUACAAUCACCAACAGGUCAAGAUUUUGCUGAGAAUAUAAAACACAAGAUUUGCUUAAGAGUUGGACUUGAUGAUAUUGAGGUUUUGAAAGACCCCAGUUCAUUGUCCCAACGAUCAACAAUAGAAAGAGAACAAAUUGAGGACGACAUGCAUUUGUUGAACCAAAUCUCAGAUAUUUCAAGUCGACUGAACUGUUCUAAACAGAAUCUAGAUGAAACCAUCAAAGAGAUUGCCUCCAAUUUAACCAAACAGCUCAGCGACUACCAGAACCGAAUCCAUUCAGCUGAUGCCAAUAAGUUAGAACUACAGAUCACUACACAAGAAAAGGUUUUUAAUUUGAUUGUGGUUUUCUUGACGCCAGAAAAACGACUGUCUUGGGAAACGGUGUUUUUGGAUGCCAAACACAAACUAUCUUUGCUAUCAGAUAAGCGAGCACCAGAGUUCUUGCUUCCGUUACAAAUCACCAAAACUAGGGCUGGAAUGCAGUUUUCCUGCGCAGCCUCUAUCGAUGGAGUCAAUGCUAAUGGUUAUCGUGAAGUUUGGGUUUGCAACAGUGAUGGCUACGUAGGUCACAUGUGCCUCCUGAGCCUCCAACCGGAGCCGAUCGUAACAUUGAACACACCUGUACCUGGGUGUAAUGCCAGAAUCCUUUGUAUAUGUGCUGUACCUGCCUAUUCGGGUGGGCGACGAAGCAGCAUGAAGAACCGACGGAAUCGUAACGCAGACAGUUCCAGUAACAACAUGACCAGCAUUGACAGGCCUCGAAUUAACAUCGAAUCAGUGGACACUUGCAUGGAGAGCAUCGGAGAAGAUGCUGGGUCACCCAGUGAGUCAGAGUCGAGUGAUGACGAUGUUUAUUCAAUUCCACACCACAUGGAGACAACUGAGAAACUGUGUGUUGAAGAUGUUGAAAGCUUGAGUAUUUCCACAACAUCAUCAUCAACAAGCAAUAUCCAAGAACAGAAUAUCUCCGGGCGAUGGAUGCACGAUGCAUUAAAGAGUACCAUGUGGUUGGGCACAGAAGACGGAUGCAUUCACAUCUUUCUGUGCACUGAUAACAUCAAAACAACCAAAAACAAGUUGAAGAUCCAACAUGUAGCGCCUGUGUAUUGUAUAAUUUACCUUGACAACAAAGUGUUUGUAUCUUUGGCCAAUGGAGACCUGAUAGUCUACAGACGUGAUAUUGAUGGCCAAUGGGACACUGAACACCCAUACACAAGGACUCUCGGAUCAGUGACAUCGCCAAUUAAUAAAAUGCAUGCUGUUGCUGGCAAGUUGUGGUGUGGUUCUCAAAACAGCAUUUGUAUCGUCAACCCUCUGACCUUGAAGAUCGAGCAUCAGUUCAAUGUGAACCCUGACCCGUCACGCUGUGUCCAGUGUAUUGUCUCCUCAGGCCAAGGAGUGUGGGUUGCUCCUCAACAAAGUGCCAAAGUAAACCUCUACCAUGCAACCACCUAUGAGUUUCUUCAUGAAAUCAAUGUCACUGCUGCUGUCACACACAAACUACAACUGGCUGAUGACAUCAUCAGGCAACACAAGACAGCCUGCUUGCGAGUGACGGCUUUGUUAAUCUGCAAAGACUUGCUGUGGGUUGGAACCAGUGCUGGAGUGAUUCUCACCAUUCCUGUACCGAAAAUAACCUCCACCACAACACACAGUAACAUCAAUUGUCCAGCAGUUACAGGUUUAGUUUAUGGUCACACUGGACAUGUACGAUUCUUGACAAGUGUGGAAUUACCCAACAGCUCUGGACAAAAAACUGAAUCUGUGACAUCUUGCACUAGCUUCGGUUCCAGUAAUAACCAACAACAACAACAACAGCAGAGUUACACCUCCAAUACUACUAUUACACCUACUACGAAUACCACUACCACAGCCACGGUCACGAGCAGCUCAAUGAGUGAGAUGCCAGAAGAAGAACCCACAUCGCCUGUUGUUGAGGGUAACUUAUCCUUGCAGGAGAUUCAGCGACGGUCAUCCAUGGCCACCACCGCAACGAUGGCCACUCGCAUGCUGGUGAUUAGCGGCGGUGAUGGCUACGAAGACUUCCGCAACAACGUUGCUAACGAAGCUGCUGGUCGUGACGACAGCACCAACCAUCUCCUGCUCUGGCAGGUCUGAGACAAUUUUUCCCUGACUUUGCUCUUGUUUCCUGUUAAUUAUUCAACUAUUGAUUAAUCGGGUGAUUAAUCUCCGUUUCUCUCUAUACGAUGCCUCUUUCUCUCCUCCCCCCUUUCUCUCAAACUUUGGUUCCUUACACCCAGAUGACCUGUGUGUGUGCACGCGCGCAUGCGUGUGUGCAUGCAUGUGUGUGUGUGUGUGUAUGUGUGUGCAAUGUAAGGCUGAAGGGGGUGAGUGUGGAGAACCAUUAAUUUUUGAGUCGACCCAUGCGAGACACUCUCCGCUGUAGAAUGGCGGAACCGAAC